AAGCGUCCUCUUUCGGCUUCCACUCCUCCGCUUGCCUUCUCGGUGCCGCCUUUCGCGUCCCGCCGACGCGGCACCGGAGCUCCUGCAACGUCGAAGGGAUCCCCAGCGGAAAGGCUCGCCACUCCGGGCGAGGCCCCGGCCACUCCGCUCGCCGUCCCUCGGGGCACUUCGGUGGGGACUGGAUUGCUGGGAGAACUGGUAUGAUCAGUUGAGAGGGAGGCGUCGUCGGUGGCGGCCUUGGCUGGAAGGCAGGCGGGGAAGCGGAGCCGGCGAGCGGACGGCGGACGGGGGACGACGGCUGCUCCUGGAGGCGCCAGACGGUCCGCGCAGCACCAUGUCCAAGCCUUCGGAUCACAUCAAGCGCCCCAUGAACGCCUUCAUGGUUUGGUCCCGGGGGCAGCGUCGGAAGAUGGCCCAGGAAAACCCUAAAAUGCACAAUUCGGAGAUUAGCAAGCGCCUCGGGGCCGAGUGGAAGCUGUUGUCCGAGGCCGAGAAACGCCCUUACAUAGACGAAGCCAAGAGGCUGCGCGCCCAGCACAUGAAGGAGCAUCCCGACUACAAGUACCGGCCCCGCCGCAAGCCUAAGAACUUGCUCAAGAAGGACAGGUAUGUCUUCCCUUUGCCUUACCUCGGGGAUACCGACCCCCUCAAGGCGGCAGGGCUCCCCGUGGCAGCCACAGACUCUUUGCUCGGCUCCCCGGAGAAGGCGAGGGCCUUCUUGCCCCCCACCUCCGCACCUUACUCUUUACUUGACCCCAGCCAGUUCAGCUCCAGCGCCAUCCAGAAGAUGACCGAGGUGCCCCACACCUUAGCUACCAGCACUCUGCCCUACGCCUCAACCUUGGGAUACCAGAAUGGGGCUUUUGGCACCUUGAGUUGCCCGAGCCAGCACACCCACACUCACCCGUCGCCAACCAACCCGGGCUACGUGGUGCCUUGUAACUGUACGGCUUGGUCUACGUCCAGUUUGCAGCCUCCUGUUGCCUACAUAUUAUUCCCGGGCAUGACCAAGACUGGAAUAGACCCCUAUUCUUCAGCGCACGCUGCAGCCAUGUAACACACAAACCAAACUCCCACUGGCAGUCCCACACAUUGCAGGCGACUGGAAUCUGUAUGGGGCCAGCGAGACUGGCCAAAGGAAGAAAUCGGAAGCCAAUCGUUGUGCAUGUACCAUACCGAACUCCAGAAACAAACAAUCCGCCUAACCGAAAUCCGCCACUUGAGCGUGGAAAGAUGCCCAGGGGAAUCUCUUCCACCGGGGCAAAGACUCUGAGACUCUUCGGGUGGGGUGGUGGUAGGGACACCAAAACCUUAGAAUCCAAAAUCCAAAAAAACUCUCAGUCUUUACAGAAAACUUUCUUUCCUUGCUUUCUGCACUUGGGGCUCAGAUUGGCCCAAAACUUGUACAACUUGUAUAUGUGUCAAACUUUUAACUGCCCUUUUGGCUAAAGGUCAACAGCGAUCCUUUUGAAUUUUUUUUAAUUUAUUAAUGUUAAUGAGUUUGUAUGAUUGAAUGUUAUUCGGACUUUAAUUUUUAAAAUCCCAGAACUGCUCUAACCUAAUGAUACCCUA